GGACUUGUCGCACCCAUGGAGGUCGAAGGGGAUGACAGGACUGACAUGUCCUUGCGGCGAGAGCGUGCCGUCAUCGCAGCACAAGCCUGUCAGACUUGUCGGAGCCGAAAAUCAAAAUGUGACGAGCAAAGGCCCAAGUGUGGCCUCUGUAGGCGCCUCAGUGUCGAGUGUGUUUACCGAGAACCUCAGCCUACAAAGUAA